GCUGGUGUGAGAAUGUAGAGAGUGAAACAACUUGUAGUCCAGGGAGGGAGAAGAAAAUUCAGAGUAGAGGGAAAACUUGAACAGAGAGACAACUUGGUAGGAGAGAGAUAGGACGAGACAGAAGUUUCAGAGAGAAGACGAAUUACAGAGGGUAGGAGAGAGAGAAUGAGGUGAUGCAGAGUAGAAGAACCAGAGAAAAAAUAGAGGCCUCUCUAGGAAGAAGACAAGUACGAUUAAAGCGAUGUCUUCUUCACCAGAAAAACCAAACCUUGAUUCUCCAUUGAAGAGACCUCCAAGCUGGUCAAACCUCUGGGUCAAGAACAAGAAAGCUUUCAACCAUGUACUCUUCACUAUGCACCUCCAAGCUCUCACUAAACAACACAACCAAUCCACUCUUACUCCUCAACCCAACAAAACCCUAGAUUUCAAUCACCCGACACUCGUCUCCGAUCGAACUUCUCUCCUCUCCGACGAAAUUCUUCUUCAUAUCCUCUCAAAACUCCCAAAGUCGCAGAGGAACUCAAACUCCCUCGUAUCCAAACGGUGGUUAAAUAUUCAAGGCCGACUUGUAAGAUCUUUAAAGCUUCUUGAUUGGAAUUUUCUCAUUUCGGGUCGUUUAUUUGUUCGAUUCCCAAAUCUCAUCCAUGUUGACCUUGUUAAUGGUUCUGUGAUUUCGCCACGAAAUUCUGGUAUUUUGUUAACUAAUAAGCUAUUGUCUUUACACAUUGAUUCCAAUUUUGAACCUAAAGGUUUUGUUUCCGAUAAACUUAUUACACCAGUUGAUGAAAUUGAUUUGGGUUUGAAAGUAUUAGCUAGUGGGUGUCCCAAUCUGCGAAAACUUGUAGUUUUUAAUGCCAGUGAAUUGGGGUUGUUGAGUGUGGCUGAGGAAUCUCCCACAUUACAAGAAUUGGAAUUGCAUAGAUGCACUGAUCAAGUUCUGCGCGGUAUUGCGGCAUUUCAAAAUUUACAGAUAUUGAAACUGAUUGGAAAUGUUGAUGGGUUUUAUAGUUCUUUGGUGUCAGAUAUUGGAUUGACUAUAUUGGCCCAAGGGUGUAAGAGGCUGGUGAGGCUUGAGCUGAGUGGAUGUGAGGGGAGCUAUGAUGGGAUCAAGGCAAUUGGGCAGUGUUGUCAAAUGCUUGAAGAGUUGACUCUUUGUGAUCAUAGGAUGGAAGAUGGGUGGCUGUCGGCUCUUUCGUACAGUGAAAAUUUGAAGACUUUGAGGUUUUUAUCGUGUAAGAGUAUUGAUCGUUAUCCAGGACCUGAUGAGCAUUUGGGUUUUUGUCCAACACUCGAACGAUUACAUUUAGAAAGGUGCCAAUUAAGGGAUAAGCAGAGUGUGAGAGCAUUGUUUUUUGUAUGUCAAGCUGUAAGGGAGAUUGUAUACCAGAACUGCUGGGGAGUAGAUGAUGAUAUGUUCAACAGUGCAAGUAUUUGCAGGAGGGUAAAAUUGCUCUCUCUAGAAGGCUGCUCAUUGAUAACAACAGGUGGUCUGGAGUCUGUCAUUCUGUCCUGGAAGGAGCUUGAUAGCCUGAAAGUGAUAUCAUGUAAGCAUAUAAAGGACAUGGAAGUAACUCCCACGCUUUCGACCCUGUUUUCUGCUCUGAAAGAUCUGAAAUGGAGGCCAGAUACCAAAUCACUUCUUUCAGCAAGUCUCCCGGGGACUGGCAUGGGAAAAAGAGGAAGAUUUUUCAAGAAGCCGCAAGAUUGGAAGUCACUGCUUGAUGCAUAGGAUCUGGGUUUCUAUGUUGUACACUUGGAUGAUAUACUCGGCAACUGCUAAAGCUCUCGCCGGUAUUGUACUGUAACAUUACUACGUGAUCAUUCUCUUGCUUGUUUUAAGUAUUUAACUAGUAUGUUGAUAGAAGGAGACUGAAUUUUUCAUACGUUCUAAUACAAGGGUAGGGUUUCACUUUUGUAAACAUGUUAGCC